GGGGGAAUUAGUGGAAAUUAUCGAUUUGAAAAUUUGUCAUAGUCACAGUUAUGAGAUUAACGCCAUUUCACCAAUUACCAACACAAGUUUGUGAAGUUGACUCGGUGGCCAAGCAGAAGUGAAAGAGAUGUGGUGGACGGCAGAAACGGACGCAAGGCACGGCUGAGAUCUCACUUAAGUAAUGCGAUUAAGCUCAACUCUCCACCGCCAACCGCGCGCACACACAGAGUAAACACACAGGCGAUCGGAAUGACUGACUGACUGUUGUUAAGCCACCAAAACCGGAGUAGGAAAGAAGUAAGGGUCGGUUGAUGACUGAGCCGAGUUUCGCUGUGCCUGCUGAUCGUUGAGAGUUGAGCUUCUCAGAAGGAGAAGGAAACUCGUUUGGGAACCGACCGAAGCAUAGAUAGUUUAGUUUGCGCGCUCGGCUGUAUCAGAUGUGAAAACGUGUUGAGCUCCGUUCGUUCGGUCGUGUCCAGCUUUAUGAGCCUGCUGCUGCCUGAGGCUCCGGGAGUGCCUGUUAAUGUAGGGGAGUGUUAUGCUGCCAUAUAUGAAACGAAAGAAGAAGAAGAAGGUAGAAAUAAAGCCCACAAGAAGAAAUAAAAAUAUACAGGCGAGGGUUCGAAUGCCGGCAUAGUGAGGAGAUGAAUCAACGCCAACAAGCGACUGCUGACGGGAUUCGCAGGUUCGAUCCACCCGCGUUUACCACAAUGGAGAGCAAAAAGCUUCAACAGAUGCAGCAGGCCAACUCUCAUCUGGCACCACAAACGAAACCUCCAACUUUUCAGCAGCAGCAGCAGGGUACCGAUUUCCGGUCGAAUCAGUCCCCAGUAUUCCAAAACCAACCGCAGUAUCAAAGUUUCGCGUCGAACUUCGCCCAAAUCAACUAUUCACACCAAAUACGACCUCAACAACCGCAGCAGCUGCAGUCACAACAGCAACAACAGCACCAACAGCAUCAUCAGCAACAGCAGCAACAUCUCAGCGCUCAUAGUAGCCCCAAAUCGAAUAGCAACAGUUUGUACCUUAGCGAAUACUCUAGUUCGAGUCAUGUCGGACAGCCCCAGCAUCAUCACACGAUCGGUAGUCACUAUCAUUUCGACCAAAUUUAUCAAACCAGUUCGCCAUCCAGUGGCAGUGGCGAACGGGACCGUUUGUAUCAGACCGCUCCGAGACCAACCCAGCAUACUCAUGCAAGUCCACAGCCUCAACUCUCGAAGCUGGAACUUCAAUUCCAGCAACUGCAGCGGGAAAAAAUCCAAGCACAGAUCAAAACCGCAACCGAGGCCCUAGCGCAUCAGCAACAAACGUUCGCAUUACGGCAGCAACUGAAUCCGCCGGUUCCCAAUUACCAUCUGAAGCAGAAUUUGCUCCAAAACCUUUCCCAGCAGCAUCACCAGCAAAUUCAGCAUCAACAGCAGCAACUGCAGAUGCACCAAAAUCGCAACGCACCGCCUUCCAGCCUUAACCUAACUAGCCACUUUCAGCCGGCCCAAGGUCCAAUGAAGAUGAUGAACCAGAACAUGCACGAUUACGGUGCCACAGCCACCAAUCAGCAUCCGAUAAAUGAAACGCUCUAUCAGGCCGCAGCCCAGCAAAAGCAACAUUUUCAUCCAAAAACUCCAAACAAUCUGCAAUCCCCGGCUCCCAACCAAAUCAUCAUCCAGCAGAACAUCCCCGGCCAUGUAGUGAAUCAAGCUUGCCAGACGCAGAUAAGCGGAGUAAAGAAUCAAUCGCAGAACCAAAAGUCACCCAACUCGGAUUCACUUUCUUCACCCUCGCACGAUGGAUUGGAGAGGCGAAAAAGUGGCCCCAUUCAUACGUUGAAAUCCCCCGUUACGAAACGACCCGUUAAUGCACCGAUUUCCAUGUCCGGAUGGUUGUACAAACAGGGCUCCGAUGGGUUGAAGGUUUGGCGAAGACGGUGGUUUGUCCUGUCGGAAUACAUCCUGUACUAUUACAAAAGUCAAGAAGAGGAAAAACUUCUGGGAACGGUGCUGCUGCCGUCCUACAAAAUAUCCGCAUGUUUCCCCGAAGAUAAGGUGUACCGGAAGUUUGCGUUCAAAUGCGAGCACACCAACAUGCGAACGUUUGUUUUCGCGGCCGAAACGGCCGAAUCAAUGACCGCCUGGGUAAGGUCACUAACGUUGGCAACGAUGAUGCAGGGUAGCAGCGAAUCCGAAACUAGCUCUCCCUCGAAUAACGCCCGUAGUGGAGACAAUAGUGAUUCCGGAAUACAAACCUACCAGUCACAACUGGCCGGUAAAAGUGGAGUUGUGCAAGCCCCGGUGACACCCGUAUCCGACAAUGGUGGCGGAGGAUCACAACCACUGUAUGCAAAUGCUCCACCAAAACCUAGGAGAGCCAACGACGGAGGAUAUUCUUCGCCUAGUCCAGAACACAUACCAGACGCAAGGUAUGACCAAGAACUGCAACCCAUCUACGGAAGUCGUGACAUGAAUCAACCCAAACCUUCCGACGCGAUGAACAAUUCCAACCUCCUGCAAACACAAUCACCGCUAAUCAAACGAGGUUUCAACGACCAAAUGGCGUACGAUCCGAAUUACAACGAUGCAAUUUAUGGCAAUGCAAAGCGAAUCGAACGAGAUAUGUACAUCCAGAAGUUAAUACAGCAACAGCAGCAACAACAACAGCAACUCCAUCAGCUGCAACAGCAGCAACAGCAGAAGCAACAACAGCAGCAACUGGCAAUGCAACAAGUUUCACCGCAGCAGCAACAACAACAACAACAACAACAGCAACUACAACGACAAUACACCAACCCUUUCAUGCAUCCGAACGCGGACAGGCGAACACCGGACACGUACGGACCUCCGCGUGCCGCGAUGGACAAACACAUGUCCGAUUACGAAGACAUCUACAAUCUAACGGUGCUCUCGAAGUCCUUGCCACCCCCCAACAUGGCCGAUGAGACAACGGCUGCCAGCGGCGGCUACCGGAGGCCGAUGAGUCCGCUUCGAUACGAAGCACAGAAUGCGGCAAUGCCCCAGCGGUAUACUCCCAACUAUUUAGAGAACUCGCCCGCACAGCAGCAACAUAUCCAGAUGCGCGCCCGCCCAGUGCAGUCCACCAUCCCGCGGCCACAUUCGGCGGAUUUCCUCGACUACGAGGCACGCAAUCCGGUCAAGGCUAAGCUCAAGGAGGAACCGGCUCGGGCCCCUCGGCCCAAAUCUAGUCUCGACAUCAACCGAACGCCCGAUAAUUACUACUAUUCGGAGGCAAGCUACGCGGAGAAGAUGCGCAUGCAAAGCGUUUCCUACCUGCAGCGAACCAACCUGACCGGACUGUCCAGUAAGUUACGAAGUGACGAACCACACGGUGUCAACAAUGCUGGAACAGUCCCGCGUGACGGAUACUAUGCCAUACGGUCCGAGUACGGUGACGAACUUCAACAGGGUUCGGCUAGCGUUCCUCGGACCCAGCGAAUGACAAUGAAUAAUCUGAAAAAGUAUCCUUCGCAGCAGGAACAGUUCCUACGAUCGGCCAGCGCUCGGCUGCCACGCAAGGAAGAGGACCCUAGCGCACGAGAUGGCGAACGAAAGCGCGAAGAAUCGAUGAAGCGUCUGCUGGAGUGGAAGCAGCGCAUGCUGCAGUCACCUCUAACGAGAAAGAUUUCCCAACAACAACAGCAUCAACUAUCCGGAUCACCCAGCUCGACCGGGAAUCCUUUCCUGACGAAACCGGUGAAUGUCACUCUGGAUGCGGAAGCCUACCUAGGUCAGAAUCAAUCCCCCCAACAGGCAGGAUUGGACAACAAGACCAACCUAGAGUACAAUAGUUACUCAUCCGAUGACGAAGCUUCCAUUUCAGUGCGCAACGUGAAAAACAACAUCAACAAGAUGCAACAACUCACGGUAAAACCCGAUCCAUCCGACUACCACCGGGUGGACCCGAAGAUGCACGGAUAUUACGAUCCUUCGCAGACCGAGUACUAUUACCAGGAGCAGGAACGCUACAUCCGUCCGGACAUCAGCUUCGAAUCGACGCACGAUCUGUACACUCAGGCACAGCUGCAGCGAGCUCAGGAGAUGAAUCUACAGCAGCACUACCAACUGCAGGACAUCGAUCGGAGCCUAGCGGCAAUGAGCCAUGAUUCUCCGGAAGAAAAAUGGCCAGCAACGAAUCAGCAUCUAUUUGGCGGUCGGAUGCCACAAACUCCCAACCAGGACAAGCAGGAACUGCGAACCUUGGAAAUGUCCGCCGGAGAUUUACUGAAUCGUACUCACGAAGAGCUAGUGUUGCUGUUGAUACAAUUACGACGCCAGAACAGCAACACGGCACGCUCAAUCGAGCAGUGUUGCACAAAUGUACACGAUAUUCAGAACUCGAUACGUAUGUCUGACGGACCCACGAGGGCGGAGAAUCUUGCCCGGCUGGAGGCACUCAAGAAGCAAUUGACGGAACUGGAGAAGCAAUACGAGAAGGAGAAACCUUUGAUCAAUCUGGUGGAUAAUAUGGUGAAGUUGGGAACACUGUACCGUGGUGCCCCUGGGAAGAAGAAGGCACAUGCGUCGGAAUCGGCUACCCUAGAUCGGCUAGAGUUCAACCAGCGGGUCCAGGAGAGGCGGCUGCUGCAGGAGGAACAGCGACAGUGGGAUCGGCUUAGUCCGAAUCACGUUGAACUACAGUCUAAGGUACAACAACUGUACCAGAUCGACCGUUUGCUCCAGGAAGAAUCCGGAACACUGCAGAACCUGCAGCGAGACAAGGAAGAUCUGGAGCGUGCACUGGGAGGCCUGAAGGCACGAAUAAUGAGCGCGGAUGCUCCUGCAGUGGCAGUGGAAGCCGCCAGACAGCAGCAGCAUACUUUGGAGCGAGAACUUUCCCGAGUGCACUCCAUGCUGGCGGAGAACUCGAAGAAAUUGGAGAAGACCGUUGCUGAUAAUGCCCGACUCGAGCAGGAACUGCUCGUACUGCGCCAAAAGCUGCAAGCAUCCCGUGACACCCGAGGAUCGCAGGGUACACUGACAACCGGGCAGGAUGGGCAAUACGUUGGAACCGCAACUGCGGUUCUGGAAUCCGAGCUGCGCCGCGUUCAACUAUUGGUCGGCGAUAUGCAACGUCAGCGACAGGAGUUAAGUCAGGCGGUUCGUCAGCUAACGGAUAAUUCCGACAGCUUGUACAGUCAGAUCAACAAGAAUGGUGACAACCGAUCGCACAUAAAGAAACGGUCACACAGCACUUCGUGGGUUGAAACUGAUUUGGACUCAUUGGUGAGCAAAGACCAAAGCAGAAAUGAGAGCAACUCGUCGUUGAAUCUGUCGGAUAAACCUAGCAUGAUUGGUGGUAAUAGAAAUCAGCACGAGCACUGGGAAAGUUUUGAACCGUACAGUGUGGACAGUGACGAUCUGUUGGAUGACUCGGUUGGUGGUCCGUUCGGGUUUCAGGAUAAGCAGGAAAUAAAGACCGUUAGAAUUGUGAAGCGGGAGUCGGAGCGUAGACAUCGGGAUCGAGAGAAGGAUCGGGGUAACGUUUCAACGCACAGUCUAGAUCAAGUGCUCGAGGAGGAAGCUCAGAUAUUCGAAGAUUAUACCAACUACCAUCGAUCGAAAUCUUUGCCCAGAGGAUACGAAACGCAUGAAGCGUUCGUCCAGAAUCAGGAUGUUCAAACGUAUGCUAACGAUUUGAAAGAUUAUUACAGCAUGACCGCAAACAGCAACAACAGUUACCCAGUGUCGAUGAUCGACCGUAAAGCUGACCUGUAUUCCGGGUGUGAUCGUCAGGUGAAAUCAUCCGCGAUCAAAGCCGUGAACUUCCCAAGUAGUAACUCAGUAGAACAGAAUCAGCCGAUGCCCGGUUUGCGGAACAAAACGGAAUCCGUUCAAAGUUUGAACAUUUCAGAGCAGAGUCCGGUUUUCCAGAGCGAAGCAGCGAAACAGAUCAUACACGAAAUGGGUGGUAAUGGAACAGAAAAAUCAACGCAGUCCAAUGGUGAAAGACCGAAGCAAAAGGCGGAACAUUUAGCCCAGCAGAACAAACAUCGCCGCUCAGUGCCGAAGGAGAAACGUCGCCAUCACACGGCACCGCACCAUGUGACGGCGAAGCAGAUCGAGAUUAUGCAGAGUGAGAAUGAUAUGAACAAGAAUAACAUCAACUGGCGCGCACGAGAUGACGUAGAUCUGGAGGUGACUUUACGGCCAAGGUCCAAUGCACCGGAUGUGGUACGAUCGGCUAUCGGUCCGAGGGAAAAAAUUUCCGAGCACACCAUCGAUAAGCUGCUGGCGGCACCUAGUAAAAUCCUAAUCCCGGAGCGGUACGUUCCCGAGCAGGCACCGGAACUGUCCCCGGAGGAGAAACGCCGUCGCCAGGAGAAGGUGGAAGCGAUCAAGAAGAUGCUCUCCGAAACACCGAUUGCGGGAAAUGAUACUUCACCAAAUCAACCAGCGAACGCAGAGAAAAGACAACGAGAACACUUGCUGCAGCUGAAUCAAAUUCUAGCUCAACAGGUUAUGCAGAUGAGCAAAAUUGUGGCCGACGAUACCUCUACGGAUCAGAACACAGAAAAUUCCAUGGCAGUGCUGCCAUCCAGCAUCAGUAAGCUGAAGAAAGCUCGUGGAUUCCUGAGGGGUGGCAAUCGCAGAAACGGUGACGAUGCAAACGAACACGAAGACGAGGAGGCAAAUUAUCGCAGCGAAUUGGAGGAUGACGAUGACACCGAAUCACCGCCAGAACCGCUACCUCUGUACCAGCAGCGCGAGAACUAUUUCACCUAAAGAAAAAAAUAAGGAUUUCAACACUUUCCGAUACGUACAAGUAAUCUCAUCAUUUUAAAACGCAGAGUUAUAUAGUUCUUGUUAAGCAUGCUUUCUGAAACAUAUAGCUCACGGCAAAAAAGAGCGGAACAGUUGAAUUGAUUUAUCCGUCCAUCAUCGGUUGGUAAUACACUGCGAAUACUCGAAUUAUCCAAACAAAACGAAAAAAGCGGCAACUGCCAGAAUUAGUGAACAAAAAAAAAAACUCCAGGGAAGCAUUUGAUUACCGGUAAUACAAACCCAUACUCACGCAUAUCAGUCGAAACCAAGAGAAAUACAGUAGAACAGAUGUUUAGUUGCCUUACACAUUAGGAUUCUCGUAACACUCGAAUGUUGUUUUUAUUUUUUUUUAACUUUGUUCGCUAGACAGCAAUGUAGAGCAGUACUUUGCGAGAAGUACAAGCUGUAUUUAUUUUAAGUUAACCAAGAACCAGUGCAAAAUCGAAACCUAUACUUUAAACUAACAGAAAAGGAAACAAUUAGAGCGCGGUAGUUGACAAUAAGAGAGCGUCAAUUAUUGCACUCGUCAGAAAUGAAAUAAACCAAUACGAAACAUAUUAGAAUGAAAUUACGUACUAAGCAUAGCUAAUCUGUCACGAACAUAUACAGUAGAGAGAGGGAGAGAGGGUAACGAUAUGUUACGACAAUGAUACCAGUAAAUGAUAUAAUCAAUUACUACAGUUAGUGGAUUUAUCAUUACGUAUUAAGAAGUUAGGCGUGCGAUAAGCUUUAAAUAAGAAACUACCAACGUCAUCCGCCAACACCUGUAUUUGGAAACGCACGUCAAGCCAGAAAAUUUUUUGUCAAUUUGAAGCAAUUAAAAUCGCUAAAAUGUACAAUUUGCUCAAUUACCUACACACAGUAUAAACAAAAAUAAUUAAUAACCUAACCGCAUUUAUCAAUGAGAACAGACAAAAAAAACAAAAUUGUUCGAGUACCCAGACAGUAUUGAGUUUGACAUCCUUACCAAUCCCAGCGUGUGAUUAGCUUUAUACAUAGAAGAUUGAAAACAUCUGUUCCAAAACAUCACCGCUCACGGUUGUAGGAUUUAGCGUAAAGUAUUGUCUUAAUGUUAGAUAAUGAUAAAAGAAGAAAAAAAAACUAAAACAGGGCCUAAACUGUGUCGCAUCCGAGCGCAAUUUGCUUUUUCUAACGAUUCGGUGGUAUCACGAGUUCGCAUUUACAGGGUUCUAUGUUUUUCUUUUUCUAAGAACUUUUGAUAACCAACUAUAUAUUAGUAGGAGAUCAUUAUCAUCACCAGAAACAGAGACUAACUGGCUUCAAACGCUGCUACAGACACGUUUUAUCAAGACAAUGAUUGAAAUCCAUGCAUAUCAUACAAUCGCAAAAUUAUCUUCCCGCAGGAUCGAUUAGAAUGAUUCGCUUUAGGUCCACCAACUGGAAAGCUUUUUGAUUUGUUACUUCAUUUCAGUAAAAGCCAUACGCGCGGCGUGAAAAACGACAAACGCCGAUUUUUUUUCCGGGAAAGGUAGACACGUCCUAGACACACCAUUUCCGUGGGAACGGCUGGAAAAGUAGUACAACAGGGAACGUUUAUCGUGACCGCGUAAUUUUUCUUCUCCGAAAUUUGGAAGAAAAACAGAGAAAACGAUUUGCCAUACUACAUACUAUGAUCUACUGUAACAAAAAUCAGUUGUACGAGAGAACACUAUUUUUAGCUAUUGUUUUAGGUGCUAUAAUUUCUUAUUUUUUUAUUCGUUUUUUAAUUAUAACCAGUCGAGAUGCACAAGACGAAACAGAGAAAAUAAAUCUAAAAAAAAAUCAUUCCCAGAUUCGUUAUGCGGAAGUUGUCGUUGAAUAAUAUUAAUGAAACCUAUAAACUUAGUAUUAACCCUAAAAUAUAUUGUUAAAGGAAAGUAAGCAUUAUCCAAAUAAAUUGUUGCAUAAAUUACAAGCGAGCAGCAGCAGAGGAAAUCGGAAACCUCGUUUUAGUUUAAAUUAUACCUUCAACCAAAUAAGCAAAAAAAAUAAUGAUCAGCUUACGAUGUUCUAAUUAAUGGGCUUAAUCACGAAACAUGAGAAAGGAAAGAUUAGACACAAAGGAAACACAAAACAGCAAAAGCACAAAACGCAUUUAAAGCGGAGCAUUUUGAAAGAGCAUAAACCAAGUUCAUAUGCAUACAUACAUUUACAUACAUACAACCUUAAUAGUAAAAGCUGACUGGCCGCGUGCGUGCGCGUGUGUCUCCAAGCACGAACAGUUUCAAUGCGUACAAUCUUUCAUGAUAAUAAACAACACAUAAUUGAAGAAAUAAACUAUUACUUCUGGCAUCGUU